AUGCCGGACUGUUCGCCACGGUGCCUCUUUGUCUCGCGCCUAUCGACAAGAACGGCACAUCUUAGGCUAAAACACAUCUUCCACCGGAUAACAUGUAUUCCAGGCUGGCGUGGACACAGGUCAGUGGCAACUACUUCCGUCUCGUCGGGUACGCAUCAAGUGAACAAUGCCGGACUCAGCUGGACCGCGGCUCUGGGCCAAUCCCCUCGAUGGGAUACUCGGGCCGAGCAGACAAGGCAGCGGAGCACAUGUCGCCCCAAGCGUGACCACUUCACCCGCAAGCCGACCUCGAUUGUUCUCCCUGCUUAUCCUCAAUUAGCCACUCUCUCGCACGCAAGAGUUCUCUCUCUCUCUCUCUCUCUCUCGCUGGCUCGCUUGCUCGCUCUCUUUCUAUCUCGCGCUCUCUCUCGUGCUCUCUGA